AUGCGGCGGGCGGCGCGGCCCGGACGUGCGGCGGCGGUGGGGCUGCUGCUGGCGGCCCGCGCGGUGGCGGGGCUGGAGCCCAUCAGCGUGGGCAUCGCCAUCGCGGCCGCGUCGGCGCUCACCGGCUACCUGUCCUACACGGACCUGUUCUGCCGCUUCGCCGAGUGCUGCCUCGAGGAGCAGCGGCUCAACGCGUCGGCCCUCAAGCUGGAAUUAGAGGAGAAGCUCUUUGGGCAGCAUCUGGCCACAGAGGUGAUUCUCAAGGCGCUGACUGGCUUCAAGAACAACAAAAAUCCCAAGAAACCGCUGACUCUUUCCUUACAUGGCUGGGCUGGCACGGGCAAGAAUUUUGUCAGCCAAAUUGUGGCUGAAAAUCUUCACUCAAAAGGCCUGAAGAGUAACUUUGUCCACUUGUUUGUCUCGACUCUGCACUUCCCUCACGAGCAACAGAUAAAACUGUACCAGGACCAGUUACAAGCAUGGAUUCGGGGUAACGUGAGCGCAUGUGCGAGCUCUGUGUUCAUAUUUGAUGAGAUGGACAAACUGCACCCUGGAAUCAUCGAUGCAAUCAAGCCGUUUCUAGACUACUACGAGCAGGUUGAUGGCGUGUCUUUCCGGAAGGCCAUCUUCAUCUUUCUCAGCAAUGCAGGUGGGGACCUCAUAACUAAGAUUGCCCUUGACUUUUGGCGGGCGGGAAGAAAAAGGGAAGACAUUCAGCUGAAGGACCUGGAACCCGUGCUGUCUGUCGGCGUCUUCAACAAUAAACACAGUGGCCUGUGGCACAGCGGACUGAUAGAUAGGAACCUCAUCGAUUACUUUAUCCCCUUCCUCCCCCUGGAGUACAGACAUGUGAAGAUGUGUGUACGGGCAGAAAUGAGGGCCCGUGGUUCUGCCAUAGAUGAGGAUGUUGUCACCAGAGUGGCAGAGGAAAUGACAUUUUUCCCCAAAAGCGAGAAAAUCUACUCAGACAAGGGCUGCAAGACUGUGCAGUCACGGUUGGAUUUUCACUGACCUCAUUCAAGUGGAGUAAGAGGCCGCUGGGAGCUGAGCGAGAGUCUUGCCUUAUGGAAGCACUUUGGAGCCCUCUUUGGGGUUUGCACAUUUGCACCUGUGGACUUUCGGGAUGUAGAAGUUUCUAAGAGUUGAAUUUUGAAAAGACACUAAUCUAUUGAGUGUUUUGGAGCUGACAGCAAUCCGUCUGUUAACUGCGGUGGAAGAUGAACUUUUAAAAACACAUCCCCCACACACACACCUCCUUGCUGACCUUGAGGAAGUGCCUUGCAAACAAGCUGUGUGAGACGUAGAGCUGGUUCUGACCCCACAGUACCCACACCUCAGAAGCUGCUGCUCUAACUCAGGGAGUCAAGGGCCCUGCCGCAAUCCGUGGAGCAGUCAGUUUGCAUCUACUGAAAACCUUCUCUGUUUCUUUGCACAGAGAGUGUUCACUGGCUUGACGUAUCUCAGUUGAAAUCGGUGGCACCUUCAGGUGGACAGUGUCCGGUGGGGAUGUGGGCUGCACACAGAGCAUUCUCGACCAGGUGACCUGUCUGUCUGUGCUGUGGGGUCUCCAUCCAAGGCCUCUGCAGCAGGCCUGUCUGUUCUUUGCUCUGGCUGGUCCUGGAAUUCCUCUGCCGACUCUCCCUUGGUUUUGAUCUCAGCCUUCCUUGUACCACUUCUCCUGAACUUCAGUCACUUCGAGAUUUGCCCCCAACCACUUGUCAUCAUUAUUAAGAGUCAAAUCAGAAUGGGACUGUUGGUUUUGAAUUUGAGUCUUGGUUCCCAUGAUGAAUUGUCUGUAAUAAUUUAUGCCUGGGGCCAUCUCUCACUUUAGAGAAUCAUUUGAAAUCCAUAGGACACACUCAGUCUUCAUGGAUGACAUGUGCCACUGAGUGGUCAGCUUGCAGAUUCUGCAUUGCCAAAGAAGUGUAAGUAUCGUACACCACAAAUGCUGGAAUUUUCAAGGAUAUGUUUGUUUUUUUAUAAUGUUUUUACUUGUGAAUCUCAGAUAAUAGAAAAAUACAGGACAUAGCUUAUUUUAAAACAUGUGAAGGACAUACACAAAAAAGGAAUAAUUGCCUAUUCCUUUAUCAGAAACUCUUUAACAGAAACACUAUACAUUUUUAUCGUUAAAUGCGUGGUAAUACCUGGUCACUGUUAUAGAUUGAACAAGGUCAGUGUGAAGCAGCGGGUCCUGGGUGUCCUCUGCUGAGAACACCCUUUAUGGCAGUGGCAGGCUGGACUGCCCUGGUCACCAGAAAUAAAAUGGAUUCCAGCCCAUGUGAAUUGUUGUCUACGUGUCACAGCUGUGAUGUGACCACAGAACAAUGUGCAGUGUGUUUAUAUGUAAGAUGUAGAAGGCACAUCUUUACGACACAGGAGUGCCUUACAGAGGGUCACAUUUAGUCUUUUAAAAAUGCCAAGUUCAGGCUUAAAAUUUUUAGAACGUGUUCUUACAUUGGAGCCGGGUUACUUUCUUUCGUAACCCUGUGAGUAUCUGGUCAGGCAAGACCAGGUUUUCCCUGUUCAUAGUGACGCAAUUCACCACGUGUGGGCCACCUUUGGACUUGUAACCCGAAGAGGUCAUGGCUGACAGCCCAGCCUCCCUCACCCCAUGUAAGAGGUAGACAAGAACUUGAAUUGACCUACUGUAAAAUAAAGCCUAAAUUUUAUCAUGUGA